CAUUGAACCAUGCAAUGGAAUCUGAAUUAGGCGCUUAUAAAAUGGACCAAUGACAUUUGUGUGUAGUACUUGAAGGUUUAACGGUUCAGGACAUUUCUGUAAGCGUGUUAAGCGUCAGUGUUUAUUGGCUUUACACUUCUCUGUUAAUAUUUUUGUCUAAGGUUUUACAAUGACGUCGUGCCCGUUUUUGCGUAAAUUGUCUCCUACUGUGAUUCAAAGAGAUAUUCAGCAGUUGAUCCAAUUAAUACCAAGAUGUCCGUUUGCUAGGCGUUUGUUUGAUGGAACUCCACUUUCCAGUCCCAGAAUGUAUUCAGAUGUUGCUACGGAGCAUCAGUCAGAUGAAUCAUCAGUCUGUAAGAAUGUUUCAGAGUGCUUAUUGAAAAAGUGUCCUUUUACGGUCAAUUCAUAUGAGUCAACAUGUUCAAAUGAUUAUCUGUGCGGUCAAACCUCUGAUAAUCACGAAAACGAGUUGUUUCAAAACCAGUUAUGUGGGAUUUCUGAUGACAUCUGUAUUCCAAAUACGUGUGCCUUAUUCGCUGGUUGGCAAAAGAGUAUAGUUGCGAGAAAAAGUCUACAGCCAACAACAGCCAUGACAAUGAAAGACACUGAUCCAAAACAUCCUCAAACAAUCGAUUCAGUGCGUAAUGAUGGUGAUACCUGCCUAGGUUUUAAUUAUAAUAAGUUUUUCGCGUCUGAAGUAGAAAAGAAAAAGAAAGAUUCUACUUAUCGAGUAUUUAGAAGAAUUUUAAGAGAUGCAUCUGAAUUUCCGUUUGCUGAUGAUUAUUCUAGUGGUAUGAAACGUCGUGUAGCAGUCUGGUGUUCCAAUGAUUAUUUGGGAAUGAGUUGGCAUCCUAAAGUUCAAGAAGCUGCCAUUUCUACCAUACGUAAACAUGGUGUUGGUUCAGGUGGAACACGUAAUAUAUCUGGCAACUCAUUGUUACAUGAAUCAUUAGAAGUUGAAUUGUCAGAUCUUCAUGGGAAACCUGCAGCUUUAGUAUUUACAAGUUGUUACGUAGCUAAUGAAGCUGUGUUGCAUACUUUAGGAGCUCGUAUACCGCAAUUAACAAUAUUCUCUGAUGCUGGUAAUCAUGCAUCAAUGAUACAUGGGAUUCGAACUAGUCGUUGUCCAAAAGUUAUCUAUAAACAUAAUGAUGUGAAACACUUAACUUCGUUACUUGCGAAUAUACCUAAGGAUUCGCCGAAACUGAUUGCUUUUGAAACAGUUCAUUCAAUGUCAGGUGAUGUUUGCCCAUUGAAGAAUUUAUUAGAUGUUGCUGAAGCUAAUAAAGCACUCUCAUUUGUUGAUGAAGUUCAUGCUGUUGGUUUAUACGGUGCACAUGGAGCUGGAGUUGCCGAACGUGAUGGUCAGAUGCAUAGGAUAGAUGCAAUUACGGGUACACUUGGAAAGGCUUUCGCUAGUAUCGGAGGCUAUUUAGCAGGAAGUUCUGAACUAGUUGAUAUGAUCCGAUCUUAUGCUUCCGGAUUUAUAUUUACUACUUCACUACCACCACAUUCCUUGGCUGCUGCGCAAGCAAGUAUUCAAAUUUUGAAAUCUCCUGAAGGAAAAGAACUUCGUACAGAACACCAAAAACGAGUAUCUAUUGUACGCCAAAGUCUCCGUCAAGCAGGAUUGCCUGUGAUUGAAGCGCCGUCACAUAUUAUUCCGCUACAUGUCGGUGAAGCAAAACUAUGUACGAAAAUAUCAGAAGAACUAUUAUCCGAGCAUAAUAUAUAUGUGCAGUCGAUAAAUUACCCAACUGUAGACAUAGGAGAUGAACGUUUACGUAUUGCACCCACACCGCAUCAUACAGAUAAACUAACUGAAGAACUAGUAGAUUCUUUAUGUAUGGUAUGGAAAAAAUACAAUUUACCUUUAAAUGUUGAAUCAGCAAGAAAAAUUACCCGACAAGCUGGUUAACAUUGAAGAUAAACAGAUCAUUAAUUAUUAUUUGAUUGUUAGUUUAAAGUAGGUGAUCAAUCACAAAUUCGACUGUUUAGUUUUAUUUAUUUAUUCAUCAGUCAUGCAAAAGAAUAUUUACUUGAUUUAAAUAAAAUGUUAGUUUAACUAUUAA